UGCGCGGGGUGCCGCGCGUGCGCAGCCCCCUCAGCGAAGCUGCGCCCUGAGGAGAAGCCGGGACGGAGGCGGAGAGAUGGCGCCGGGGCCUCAACCAGAUGAACCAGGUGCUGUUCAAUCUCCGAGUUCUCUAAUGACCUUGCAAUGAUACUGUAAAUCCACCUCCCAUCCAGUGGCUACUUGCAAACCAGGGCUGAACGUGCCUGAAGGAGAGGACAGAAUUGUCUGGGAGACAGACAUCAGGAUUUCCUCCCCGCUACCCUUCAUCAGACUCUGCCAACUCCCCAGACUUUCCUUGUUCCAGAAGCUUGGCUUGAGUUAGGAGGAAAGCCCAUAACUGUCCCUUAAGAGUCAAAUUGCAUCAGUCCGGAUUUUAUUAAAAAAUGCACAGUGAGAAGCAGGCUCCAGUAAAAUACUACGUUGGAAUUGAUGUUGGGUCAGCAAGUGUUCGCGCAGCUUUGGUGGAUGAGUUUGGGACAGUAGUGGCACAUGCAGAUCGGCCAAUCCAAAUUUGGGAGCCCCAACCAGACCACUAUGAGCAAUCCUCUGCAGACAUAUGGGCUGCUUGUUGCUCAGUCACAAAGAAAGUUGUCUGUGGAGUAGAUGCCAGCUGGAUUCGAGGCGUUGGUUUUGAUGCUACGUGUUCCCUUGUUGUUGUGGAUAAACAGUUCCAACCUUUGGCGGUCAACUGUGAAGGACAAAACUACAGGAAUGUUAUUAUGUGGAUGGACCAUCGUGCAGUCAGUCAAGUUGACCGCAUCAAUGCAACGCAACACAGGGUCUUGAGCUAUGUAGGGGGAGUGAUGUCUGUGGAAAUGCAGCCACCUAAAUUGCUGUGGAUAAAGGAAAACUUGCAGGAAUCAUGCUGGGACAAAGCAGGCUACUUCUUUGAUCUUCCGGAUUUCUUAUCUUGGAAAGCCACAGGUGUCACUGCAAGGUCCCUCUGUACAGUAGUGUGCAAGUGGACGUACACUUCAGAUGGUGGUUGGGAUGACAGUUUCUGGAAAAUGAUUGGUUUGGAAGAUUUGGUGAAGGAUAAGUAUGAAAAAAUAGGAAACCACGUCUUGUCUCCUGGAGAGCCUGUUGGAAAAGGUCUAACACCAGAAGCUGCAAAAGAUCUCGGUCUCCCUGAAGGGAUUGCAGUAGCGGCAUCGCUCAUUGAUGCACAUGCUGGAGGACUAGGAGUAAUUGGAGCAGAUGUGAAAGGCUAUAACCUGCCAUGUGAGAACGAGCCAAUUACAUCCCGAGUUGCCAUGAUCUGUGGAACAUCUUCAUGCCACAUGGGGGUCAGUGAAACUCCCAUUUUUGUGCCUGGUGUUUGGGGACCUUAUUUCUCUGCAAUGGUACCUGGAUUGUGGCUGAAUGAAGGAGGUCAAAGCGCUACAGGAAAAUUGAUAGAUCAUGUUGUCCGAGGCCAUGUCGCCUUUCCAGAAUUACAGUCAAAAGCUGCAGCCAGUGCUCACAGUAUAUAUACAUACUUGAACAGUCACCUGGAUGUAAUUAAGAAAUCUUUGCCUGUGGGUUUCCUCACUGUUGAUCUCCAUGUUUGGCCAGAUUUCCACGGUAACAGAUCUCCCUUAACAGAUCUGACACUAAAGGGCAUGGUUGUUGGACUAACACUGUCUCGGGGUCUGGAUGAACUUGCCCUUAUCUACUUGGCCACGAUUCAAGCCAUUGCUUUAGGAACAAGACAUAUUUUGGAAACUAUGCAGGCUGCGGGGCAUCACAUCAACACGCUGUUUCUGUGCGGUGGACUGAGCAAGAACCCUCUCUUUGUGCAGAUGCACGCUGACAUUACUGGCAAGCCUGUUGUCCUGUCCAAAGAAGUGGAGUCUGUUUUGGUGGGUGCUGCUAUUCUGGGAGCUUGUGCUUCUGGGGAUUUUGCAUCUAUACAGGUAAUUCCAUGAAGGAAAGAUUUAUAACCACCAUCUCUCAUGCCUGGUCACCAUAUGUUGUUGCUUCAAAGAAUGUCGUCUUCCUCGUUGUCCUCUUCAUCUACUCUCCCUGAAUUUUUCUGCUCUGUGGUAAAACUGAAUUAAAACUAUUGAUCUAUGCAAAAAGAAAUUAAAACAUGCAGUGUGGUAAGUUCUUCCCCAUUUCAUCUUUUGGUUAUUUAGGCUCUAGAAUCUCUGGAAAGGGGAGAAAAUCUUCACAAUUUCUUCUUGCAAUUUCUAUUAUCUUCUCAUUUGCCCCUACAAAUGCUACACCCUUUUUCUUCUGGUGGUUUUGUUGUAUCUUGAUUCUUGUGCCUGGCUGGGUCACAGGAGACAGUCCUGUGUAAAAUAGUGUGACAUAAGGAUUUUUGAAAUAUACACUGGAUUUUUUAAUUUUUGUAAUAUAUGCUGCAUUGAAUGAAAUAACCUUAACAUUGCUGUCGUAUAUGGGUGAAUUUUUUGGUUCUAACCAUUCCUUUAAUGCUGAGCAGCAGGGUCCUGGUUUUCAGUGUGACUGUUUCUAUAGUAAAAAUAUAGUUUCCGGUUUCGCAAGCCGGCAAUUCCUUCUCAGUGAAAAUGUUCAAUAAAUAAAUGUCAAAGUUUCCAGUAUAUGCUCAUUAUUCUGCCUCACUUGUGUGUAAUUGAAAAUGGGAAGAAGGUGCUGUUUGAUUUGGCAGUCAUCCAGCUCUUUUUGUUUUUUUUUUUUGAUAACCUACUCUUUGGGACAAAGCUGGACUCCAGGGAACAGAAUUAUUGUCUUAUAAAAUCCGGCAGCCCACUGACUAUUCCUUAAUUGCAUAUUAAAGCAAUUAAUAAAAUUACCUGAAUGAAACCAGAUUACCAGAUUUAUUUUGCAUUUGCUGUUUUAACAUGGGUCAUUGUUACAGGCUGAUAUGGAAGGGAAGAAACUUUGUAUGAUUUUCUAUGAUACAUUUUACUGGUAACUUUCUGUAAUCAGUUCUUUGUAGUCACUUUGGUGUAAAACAUUGAGCUAGAAAUCAGAGUCUACAUGACUGCAAGGUUUUUCUGGUAUAAAAUUGACUUCUAAGGGAGGCAUAGUCUUGUCUUUGUUAGUUUUGGUUGUUCUGCAAGUUGGUGAUAUAUCCUGCAAAAAGAUAGGUGAAAGCUUUUUCAGAGUGGAUUAGAGACAUAUGAAAAAUACCUGGAUUCUGUAGAAAGAGGUGCUAGGGAAUUCCCCAGUGUGAAAUAGCUGAAUUGUUUAGCAGUAGUAGCACUUAAGUCAGUGAAGUCCCCUGAGGAUAACAGAGGGCAUAUCUAUUAGUGAGAUAUAUCACAGCCAGGAAUUUGAAGUCACGAUGCUGCAGGUAAAAUGAUUCACUUACAGCUCUGGGCGAAAGGAAUUCAAAAGAGUUUUGUUUGUGCACCGCUUGAUUAUGCUUAAUUUAAUGGACAUCACCUCUCAGUUGUGUAAGGAAGUUGUUGGGUGGUAUAGCAUAGGGGAUGAAAUCAAAUAAUAAAACCUGCAGAUAACUCAGGGUUUAUAAAGAUCCGCCAGGAAUAACGUGUGAUAUGCAGUAUGUUGGCCUCUUAACAACGAAAAUGUUACUGUCCUGAAUGUGAAGAAGUUCUUUAGUACAACGGUUAGUCCACGAACUCAGUAACGGACCAACUGGCAAUUGUGAAUUGACAACAUUUCAUUAAAAAAGCCCAUAAAUGUACUGGGACAUACUCAAAGUUUCUGCUGACAGAACUGGAGGGGAUGAGGCCACUUCCAUUUCCGGAUUCGGCAGUCUCUGGUGUAAUUUUGUUCCACUUGGUUCAAGGGACAUGCCUCAGUCCAUGAUCUGACCCUCUGUUCCUCUUCCAAAGCAUUACCUGUCAGGUCCUGGAUUGAAAUUAAUAGAAGUGUCUUGUUGAUUUCCAUAUUUUCAAAAGCAAGAACUGAGUGAAAGAUCAUGGAGUCGAUAGUUUUUUCCUUAGAAAUGGUAAUAACUUGGGAAAUCAAAAGAGGAAAUAAAAUUACUUCUCCCUGUUGAGUUAGGGAAUUUUGCCUUCCCUCAUCUCAUUAAAAAUUUAAAGCACUCUUGUUUUUGAGCAGGGUGAAUUAGUAAUUAAGUGCUAUAAUCAACUUAUGUAAACAUAAUCUUGAAGGAGAGCACCUAAUUAAUCAUGUUGUUGGCUUGCCUUACCUAAUUAAUGCACCUUUUAGUAAAGGUCUUCCUGCUGUGUUGGGGUGGGUUUUUUUUUCUCCUGUUCCCUUAAUCAGAGGAUUUUGGAAAGGCAGAGGAAGGAGAUGGUUGUUCUUAGGCACCAUGCUGUACACAAGGAGUGUGUGAAGAUGCUGUGAUCUUGUCUUCCUUUUCUUCAAAAGCUCCACAUUUGUACAUGUGGAGUUUAAGCCCAGGGUUUAGCAGAGCCCAUCCUUGGGCAAGGGUAGGUGACAGCUCUUGCUUUUGUAUUGGUUGAGUGUGACCUCUUCAUCUAAGUGAUUUAAAAAAAAAAAUCCUUCCUGGAUUGUAUAUGAUCAGUCUCAAUUGACAGGACAUAGGUUCCGUUAAAAAUUAACUUUAAAUUUCAGUGCAUAGCUUAUAUAUCUACUGUUAAAGACAGUGUUCUAAUGGCAAAAAAGUUCAGUCUUCCCAGUCCAUUCGCUUGUUGUUCUUUUACUUAUGACUGGCAGCAAAGUUUUUGAGGAAUGUGACAGUUCAUGAUAUGGACUCCACUGCUUGCUGAGAACCAAACUGUUUUCCACGUAAACAUCUGAGAUGUUUGAUGACUGUGGAGUGUAUUUGCAGCUAACCAGGCCUGGACUCAAAGCAGUGACUCAGCAGUAGCAGAACUCUAUCUCUCUACCUCUUCCCUUGGUGUUUUGACACUGAAAUACAUCUUUGCCUAAUUGAAAGAGGGUUUUUUUUCUUGCAUAAUAAAGUUAGAUUCAAUAUGGCAUGCAUGAAACCACCAAGAUACUGGCAAUGCCUCUGGCUUUUGUAUAGGGUCAGCUGCCUUCUUACCAGAAACCUUUAGAGAAAUAUAGAUGAGAGAGGAAAAUUAAAAGGCAGUGAUUUGAUGGCCUCUGUCCAGUUCCUUGUGGCCUAGUGUUUAUGGUACAAAGAGUGCCUUUCUAGUUAGCAUAUUUUGGCCUUACUGUCAGAAGUCUUUGCAGUAAGGGUAGAAAGCAAAUGAAUCACAACUACUCUUUUGCCCUAAGGAUGAUCCUUCUGUAUUAAAGCUGAGAAAUACAAAUGCUUGUCUGUCUGUGCCAAGCACAAAAUGAGCUUUCAAUCAGUUUUGAGAGUGUGAUUUCUAGUUUUUGUUUUUCCCCACUUUUCAAGCCACAAUAAAUAUGUAGAAGCAUUUCUACUUUCUUUCAGCUGACUUUGGUGGACAGGAUUUCUGUAUGGUUGGAAAUGCGUUCUUGGUGGGAGUUAAAUCACACAUACAAGCACCACCACUUAGAGAGCCAAACAGCUGAGAUGUGGCUGUAGUUGAUAGCACAAUGUUUUCACAAAAGUGCUAAGAAAAGUACCCUCUGUCUUGUUGCUGUUUACUGACAUGUGAUACUGGUUGACAUCUGUUGCCCUUCUCAUUUGAGGACUGUUUGCUUUACUAACUUUAACAUUUCCACAUUGCUAUGCUGUCAAAGUGUAGACACGCAAAUCUCCUUGGAGUCCCCAAGGUCCUUUUAUGAGAAGCAGAGCUGCCAUCAUUUGAUAUCAUCCUGCUGACUGCCUUUUAUAUUGGAGUUGGGAGGAAUUAUUCAGUUGCUGCUAAAUGUUCUUGGUGGAGUGCAAUGUCUAAUGCUAUAUGUUGUCAUACGUUUGAUGUAUUAUCAGAUCAGUACAUGCUGUACAGUAGUGUUUGGUUCAUUGUCACGCUGGGUGAUUUGUAUUUGUUUUAUAUCACUUGAAAUUAUUACAGGUAAAAACUUGUCUAAGAAAUGUCAAAGUUUGUUGUAGCAGGUCAUAUCGCUACUGAAAUGACAGAUGAUAGUCCAUAAUCAUAAUGCAAAAUUCUCAGUUAAUGUAAAUCAGUAUUGCUCCAGGUUUUCAGAGGAGUGACACCAGUUUACUCUGGUGCCCUGAUCUAAUCAAGCACUUAGGUACAUCAUCUGACUUUCAAGUAGGCAAGAAGCUCAGCUGAAGAUAAGCAGGACUGCCCCUGUGCUGAAGUGCUUUACUGGAUCAGAGCCCAAACAGGGAUCUGACACACAGUUCAUGGGUAGAUGACACAUCUUGAAAUGAUAAAGGCUGUUACAGCUCUUGCAAUUGGUUCAUAUUGUUACCCAUUCAGAAACAAGCUGUGGAUGCUAUAGGUAAUAGGAUACAAAGGCAGUGUCUUUUGUGAAGUGCUGUCCUUUUGUGGAGACUCCAUUUUAAAUGUCAUCCAGUACACACAUUCAGAUUUGGAAUUUCUCAGUAACUCCUUAAUGACAGGGAAAGGCGGCUGCAGUAAGUCAGUGUAAUGUAUUGGCUAUAACAGAGCUACCCAUUUACAUUAGCUGAGUAUUUGGCACCAAAGUACUAAAGUUGGAGGCAACAAUCUCAGAAAUCCAGUACUUGUGUAGCCAUAUUACUUUUCUAAAAGUAGGUGGUUUCAUGAAAUAGCACACUAAUGAAAUUAAGCAUGGCCUUUUAUUUGGGCAUCAGUGGAAGAAGAUGGGCACUGUGUGUUAGAAUAUCACUGUGAAUUACCUGUUCAUUAAUUCUGAGAGUGGUGAUAUUUUGUUACUUACUUUUUACAUGUAUAAGUCUAGACUGGAAAGGUCAUAAAGACCUCUCAGAUACUUGAAUGACCAAAAAUAUCUAUUUAAUCCUCUGUUUUUAUGCUGAAGGUGUAGCCAGCUUUGUGCAUUGGCACAGCUCUGUUGCCUUCACCUCCAUUCUGUACCUUGUGUGCUCAUACCUGUUUACUGUGUUAGAAGCAACUGUAUGUAUACAAAUACAGUCUCUCCUGUCUGUAGGCUCAACACAUAUAUGGUUAUGCCUUUUAGCUUUUAAUAAACUCAUGUCAGCUGAUGUUGGCAAAGAAUAAGAUUUAGUGUAUUGUUAAUCUGCAGAAGUUGAGACUCUUACUAAACCAAUGGUAUUCUUCUAAUCUGUCAGUCAGCACAAGACCUGGCAAGCAAGAGAAAAUACGCAGCCUAGAAUAGUUCAGGUUCUGCUGCUGCAUAUUUUGUAACAAACCAUGAAAUAACUAUGGUGGAGUUUGCUCGAGGAGAUGUACAAUUACUUGAUUUUUUUUUUCAAGCAGACUGCGAUUAGGUUGUAGAUGUAGUUUAAUAAUAUCACAACCUUAGAGCUUUUCUAGCUUGCUGGCCCUGUCUGUUCUUGAGGAAAACCAUAAAUAUGAGGGAACUGUUAAUAUGUCUUUAUAGCAGACAGAUACUUUCUUUAAAAUAUACUGUGAUCUAUCUCCUUUCUAUUUUAAGGACAGAUGUUACCCACAUACUUGGAGACAUAGCUGAAGUCAUUUGGACCUUGGACUCCCCUUCUGUCCAGGCCAUUUAAGCAGGGAAACGUGUGACAGCAAUAUUUUGUAGGAAGGAUGAACACAAAGGAGGAUACCACAGAUCCUUUGUAACCGUCAGCAGUCAGUAAGGUCCUUUUCAGAGCAUGUCUUGCUUAAAUGAUGUUUGGGAUGUCAAAAAGUUAAAAUCUUUCUGCCCUCAUGUCUUCAAUAGCUGAGCAGAACAACCUUCAAGUUAUGCACUGGAGAAUUGGAAACUCAAUCUGGGUACAUGGUGAGAUUAAUUUUCCAUCUGGGAUUUGCACUCUUGCUAUGUCAGCACAGGGGAUCAGACUGUUCUGCAGCAAAGCGCAAGCAUGUAGAGCCGCAGCACUAGCUGUCUGAAAUGCUUCAGGUUUUUUCACAACACUUUUUUUGAAGGACAUUAUGAUCACUUGGCCACGGGAUUUGAUGCCACUAGUUUGUAUCGCUAGAACAUAGUUUUACCACCCUAUAGUUGAAGAAGUUUUAUAACUUGCAUAUACUAUGUUGUCCUUUUUCCUAAAGAUGUCUAGAGAGGUUUGUUUCUAAAAAUUUGCCCUAUUUGUAUAGUUUAACAAGACUUUGUUUACUGUCUGGGCAUUACCAAUACAUUUCAUUUUAUUGUGGUUAACACUUAAGACAUUUCUUUAUUCCCCUCCGUAGAAUCAUGGAUCUGAAAUGGUAAGAGAGAGAUCUCAUGACCUUUAUUAGUUUCAUUAGCAAUAGAAGGCAGUUGCUGUAUAAGCAUACUGGCUUUCCUCAUCCUCAGAGUUGGAAUCUAAUUCUUAUUCUCCAUUCUUUGUUCAGCUAAGUCAUAGGAUUUGUUUCCUUGGUUUCUUAGAUAUAGACAUAUAACGACUAUUCCCAGCCCUUACUUGCUUUCUUGUUUUGAAGCAACUUUUCAUAUCCACUGUGCUUCAUGAAAUUGCUUCAUAGCUCUGUUUUGUUUUUAUUGGGACAAGUGUCCAUGUAAUGAUCAGCAAAACCAUAAUUGUCACUCUUGAGGGAAAUACAAGCAGAAGGGCUAACCAAGUGGGCGUGGAAAAGCAUAAAUUGCAAAUUUUUGCACAAAUAUUGCUCCACAUGAGGGUUGAUGAACACUAGAAGAACACAAAUAAGGAGAACGGCUGUGCCCUUAUCUUUCUGUGCCUUAGAAGCAUGUAUAAGCAUCAAAAGUGAGGUGGAUUGUCAUCUACAGGGGAUGUACUCCAUGUAUAAUACUCCUACACGUUGCAUUCCCCUGAGCAUUACUAACCUUCAGUACAUAAAUGCGUUUUGACCCACCUAAAGCCUGUUUGUGUGUGUACCUGCUAUAAGCUGCUGUUUUCUGCACAGCUUUCCAAGAGUCCUUAGGUAGAAUAGGUAGAAAUUUUAGGGAGGACUGUAGAUGUAUGUAGUUUUGAUGGAAGCACAUUGUUUUGUCAGGGAAGAGUAAAGUGAUGUGGCAAUGCCCACCUGGCUCAGCAGAGUGAGGAACGGUUAGAUCUCACCAUGUCACUUCUUUUGGAGCUUGGGAAGCACAGUGGACCCUCCAAGGUAACAGUCUGAAAAAUAACCCCAUUUCUAAUCCAUAUUUUCUCCUCUGAAGAAUCUCUCCACAACAAGAGUAUGUGUGGAAGGCUCUACCACAAAGCCCAGCUGCUCCCUCCCAAAAUUUUGGGGAGAAGGAUGAUAAUCUGUCACAUUUGGAAGGUCCCUUCAUUGCCCAGCCCUGUAGCUCAGGUCUGAGUUAAACACCUUCAGCAAAAUGUUGCUGAGUCUAGCAGCCUUGUGUCAGACUCGUUUUGCUUUCGAAAUGUCUGGCAAGAUUUGAUUUUUGCCUUAUUUUCCCAGACUAGUGUCCUUCUAUCUUGUGUCCUGAAAUUAUGGAUUUCUGUUAAGUAGUUUAGCUAUUGAAUCCUGUAUCUUUAGUGCUCGAGUGUCUUAGGCAGAUAAAUCGGGUAUGUGUUCACCUCUCAGUUGGAAGCUGGCACAUAGCUUAGGUGAAAGAGAAAUGACCCUAAAGAUGCUAAGCUGUUUGAAGCCCUUCUGAUAAAUGGGAUCUUUUUGUGAUGAGCUAUCCUCACUUUCUUUGGCUGGUUGGCCUAAAAACUUUGUAUAUACAAGCACAUUACUCAUUGUUUACUGGUCGUGGUUGUAAGGUUGUUUAAUUUUGCAAUAGUCCCAUCUAAGGGGUGAUUCUUGCAUUGCAUGAAAGGGAGACUAAGUGAGCUUUUCAUUUGCUUUGUAUAACUUUGUCCCUGUGGAAACAUUGGAUAGCCAGCACAUUUGCCAUAAGACCCAAAGUGCCAGAUUUGUGGCUUUCUGGACAUGGAAGUUCCAGUCAUUCCAGAGAAGAAUGAGAGGACUGGCAUGGAACGAGACUAAAAGAAACAUGAGAAAGAAUAUAGGUGUGGGGGAGAAUGGGGCUUUUCUUUUUUGGCACUAAAUCUCAAAUAUCCCCACCAUCUCCCUCUCCCCUGCUCCCACUCAGAUAUUGUUUAUUCUUUCCACCUGUGUUCUUGCCACCUUCUUGUUCAUGCGUCUCUUUUGUUUAUAUUUUUCCACUUCUUUUUUCAUCUGUGGAUUCUUUUUGUUCUACAUCAUCUUAUUUUUCUUCUGUUGUUCUCUCUGUCCCUUUCCCUGCUCUUUCCAUAUCACAGUCUCUUACCUGCGUCCUCAUGUAAUCAAAAGCAAAGAGGAAGAGAUGGCUUGUGGCUCAUUCAGUUCUGCUGCCUCAGUUCUGCUCUCAAGCUCUGUAGUAAAGCCUUGUGGUAUAUGCAGUGUUUUACGGGUACAGCAGAUCCACAUGGCACUGACUGGGCUGGGCAAGCAUUCUUGGAGUGGAAAAGCAAAGAUUUAUGAUGGCAUUGAUCACAGUGCUAAAAUAAACUGCCCUCCCUUCGCCAGAGGAAUACAAGUUUGUAAAUGUCAGUUUUUUAUACACAAAAUGAAGGCCACCGACUAAGGAAGCCAGCUGCCUAGUUUAGGCGUUCAAGAUCUGAAAAUGGCAAGUCUUCAAAAUCAAAAAGACUGAUAAAGUCAUUUAUAUUACAGCAAACCAUGUCACAAGUCAUUUGACUUUUUCUCUUACAAACAUCAUUUAUGUCUCAGGCCUUCUAAGGCCCAAAUAACAUCUGAUACUCCUUAGGCUGAGCCGGCUUUAAUAGGGGUAGGUUCCUGUUUCCACUUACAGCGUACCACUUAGAACUCUAUUUGCGUCGUGUUUACAGGCUAUAACUGUUACUUAUUUGUCAUUUUUAUGGUAAUAGAAAAUAUUGUUUGUCUGUGAUUUAGUCAAAGCCAGGCUGUUGAAUAGUUCCGUGUCCACAGGAGCAGCAGAGAAAAAGUGACCCGAGAUGGACUUCGACUCUUUACCUCAUUCAUUUUUCUCACAUGGCUUCAGUUGUGCAGGUCAUGCAGGUCAGUGGGCAUGAGUGGGGAUGCAGGUCCCUUGCCGUCCGUCCCAACCAGUGCUGCAGCAGAGUGUUGCUCCAUAUUUCUCACACACUUUGCGGAUGAGCUGCAUGCAAUUUUUCUUCCCUUUUGCUUUAAAAGAGGCAACACUGCAGUGUGCACUGUCUGAAAAGACACAGCUUUGCCUUUUUUUGCCCUUUCUUUUUUUUCUGGUCCUCUCAUUUUUCUUCAUCCCCUCCCUUCCGCUCCCAGAUUUCUGUUCAAAUGUUUUUACCAGGUGCUUCAGGUACAAAAAUAGUUAAUUGCAGCUAGAAAAUAUGAAAGGUGCAUGAAUUCUCAAGUCUCAUUAACAAGGCCUAUACAGACUUGAAAGGGGAAGGUGAACCAUAGCCAAAGGUCAGAAAAGCUUUGUCCUGCUCCAGACCUUGCAGGGAAAGUGUUCAAACACCCCCAGCCUGAACAAGUAUAAAUAACCCCCAGGGCUCACUGCCUCAAGUGACUGCACCUUAAUUAGGCAGCAGGGCUCUUCUUCCCCCUAGUGGCUGAUUACACAGGAACUGUUUUGUGCAAGCAUUUCAUUGGGCUGCCUUUUUAACUUUCCAACCUAAUUUUCCUUCCAUCCACUUUUUUUUUUUUUUUUUUUUGCUAUGUUUUUUAACUUCCUCAACUUCUCCUAAUGUCAUCUGCCAUUAUUUGGCUUGUGAUUUCAGGAAGCAGGAAAUUAUGCUAUGGAUCAAUAAUACCUUGUAUCUGCAACACAGCAGUAGGAUUUAAGGUUGGAGAGGUUUUUGCACAUAUUCCACCCAUGCAAGCUAGCUAGAUGUUUCCUGCAAUGUUCACAGUAAGGGCUAAGGAACAAGAGCUUUUCUUUAUUUAUCAGCAUCCCUGUUCGUAUUGUGACUCCUGGAGUAUGAACAGAUAUGAAUAUCCAGAAAUGUUAGACACCUCAAAUCAGCUGGCUUGUUUAAUGUCCUUGAGAUAAGAACUGAAUUGCCUGGCUUUACAGAUCAAGCAAAUACCAUAUGAAAUGCAGUGUAGUACUUCUUAGUGACAGUGGGGAAAAAAAACUUUAUUUUCCCAUGCAGUUCUUAUUAGCAGCCUAGUAAAGGGAGAUAAUGCAUAUAUUGGGUAAAACUCAUCAGCUGUGCUAGUUCAAGUCAGACAUAAGCCACUGUAGUGUCAAGUUCUUCUGAGGUUCCCUUGGUAUAAAUAAAAGCAGAAUUUUGCAAUAAGAAGAUAAUGUAUGUUAUCUAACUUGAGCAUCAGAGUACAUGGUUUUUAUUCCCAGUUUUGCCACUGACUGUGACUUUGGGCAAGUUGUUUAACUUUGUUCUUCUUCCAGCUGAUUUGUGAAGCAGAUCUAGUGAUGUUUAAGUAGCUCAUAGACUGGUUUUAUAGCUAUAUUAAAGGUGAUAAAAAGAAAAGUGCAAAGGAAAUCUAUGAUGACACUAAUGGUGUUACUCUGGUAGAUUAAAAUAAGUAAGAAAGGAGACUGACAACCCAGUUGCACAUUAAUGGGAUCAUCCUUUGACUUUUGAAUGGGAAACCAAAAUCUUACUUUAGAAUUGCAACCAGUUUAUUAUGUGUCGUAGUUUCCAUUGCUGUGUAUAUAAAAUGAAAGUUGGCCUAUAUAGUAUGACAUGACUACAACUCGCAAGUUUGUAUCAAUUUCUAAUAUUUUAAGUAUUCAUGACUUUUCAAGGUUAUGUUAUACAUUUAGAACAAAUGCACUUAAUACGCAGAAUUCCUGUUUUUAGAAAAUAUUUGAGGGGGCAUGGGAGACCACAUCCUUUAAAGCACAAAUUCACUCCGUUUGUAUUAGCAGUACUUUAGGAACAACAAAGGCAUUUUCAUUCACAGACUUGUACCUUUACACAUCCAAUGCUGUAUCUAACACGUGACUGAGAGACUGGGGGUUCUUUUUGCUCAAGUAUGGAACCUUUUCCAAGCUACAGUUGAAGGCAUUUGCUGGAGACUUCUGAAAAUUGGUUGUUAUCCUUUUUUGACUGCAAUGGGAUCAUGAUUAACAGAAACAACAGAUGUAUCUUGCAUUGCUGAGAAUUUUUUUAUUUGCAUCUGAAACUGGUUUGUUUGGUCAGUAACCCAAUGACUGCAAUGCAAAACUUUCAUCAGGGUAAGACCUCCUUGUUACAACUGUAUCCUUUUUCUUCCAUGUCUGGGUUGUAUUUUUUUUAAUUAAGUUACUGAGCUGUAGAAUGGCCUGCAUUCCUUCUAUUCCUGUAAAAGUGAAAUGACUGACAGCUUUUCAGUGGCACAUGGUCAUUUACUGGAAGAGGAAAGGGCAAGAUAGGAUCCUACCAAAUUUUUCACGCAUUAUAUAUAAGAAAAUACUGUUGAGCAUGAGAUAACUGUCUUGUCAAGCAGUCUGUUACUGAUCUAGUCUGAUUUUAUGUAGAUCUGCACAAAUUAAGCUAAGACAAAAAAUCUAGCAAGAGUAGAAUAAUGUGUGAGUUUAGAAAAGUUGUAUAGUACAAUUAAGAUUUUCAUCAGAUAAAAGUAAUUUAAUUUCCCUCCUCUCAUUCUGUACUUGUCACAGCCAAAGACAUACCUUUGAACAAAAAAGAGCUUUUUUUUUUUUUUUAAUUUGCUGUAUUAAGCAAUUUUAAAAGUACAAAAUUGCUGCUAAUGGGAAAGCAAAAUGAAUCUGGGAUUUUGAGCUAGUGCAGCAUUCGUGCAAGUAAUUAGCCUGUACAAAAGGAGCAUUCAUCUUGAAAUGACAGAUAAGCACUAAGGACAGGACUGAAAACUGUAAAUAUGUUAGCACUUUAAGUGAGAGCACAGCUCCAGCACUUGUUAGACUCAUCAGCUGCUGUAAACAAUAUGGAUCUUUGAAAUGAUCUCUGCUGAGAUCUCUGCACUUUAGAUAAUGAUAUAGUUGUUCAUUUUUACUUCUUCUGUUUUCUUUUUUCUGUCAGAAAGUACUUUCCGCAAAGAAUAGGCUUGUGCUGCUGCCAGCACACACUUCUCUUUCUCCAUGAGCAGCCCCAGCGAGGGCUGUGGAGUCACUGUGGGGAGCAGAGAACAAGCCUGCGGAGCUGGGCUCUGCCUCUCCUGAUUGAUGCACAAGCAAGGAACAGUAUGUACAGCCGCAGCACAACUUUCCUCUCGUGGCUGUGCCUCUACCCAGGGCCAGGAAAGGCUCUUUGAGGUCAUCCAAGCUUGGUUCACAGUUAGGACACUUCAAGUACAGUUAUAAAAGGCAUGCUGUUCAGGUGGUGGUGGUAGCAGUUUCUCUAGUGUAGCUUUGCAAAGGGUUAACAGUGACUGAGCUGUAACAAUGGAGGGUUUCAUGUUGUGCAGACUGCAUACAAUAGAAAUUAAUUUGAAACCAAUAAAUGCACUUUGCAAAGGACACUAUAAAAAGCUUGCAUACCACAAUAACUUGCAAACACUCACUGACCUCGGUGAGGUUCUGACUGGUGACCUACAAGUUAAAAGCUCCAUGAGCCAUUUGAAUCUCAGCUAUUCAUCUCUUCUCUCAGCUUGCUGUCUUUAAAUGAAAGGCCAGAUCCUCAGCAGCAGGAAUUGGCUCAAUUCUUAGGAUCGGCUGAAUCGUGAAGCACAAAGUAUUUUUUCUUCAGUUGUGUCCCACAUUGGCUAGAUUUCCCUCCUAAGUGUUCGACAUUAAUCUAGUAGUUUUAUUGAUUCCUGUGGAAUAUAUGAGAAACAGAGGUGCAGAAGGCUUGCACGACUUGUCCAGGAUUAAUAUUCAGGAGCUGAGGUAUCCAGCUGCCUUCCUUAGAGUCACAGAAGUUGUGCUGGGAAGAGCUUUCCCCCAUAAACGCUUUAGGAGCAGUGGGUUAGAAAGUUCUCAGGAAAAGGGAGUGGAGGGGCUUGGAAAUGGGAGCCUCAAGAUGCAGCUCACUGGGGGCUUUGUGAAAAAGGGGAAAUGGGCCGGGACAGCGAAGUAGAAGCAGGAAUGGUAACUGGCUCGGUGGUGCAAGGCGAGAAUGUCUCUCCGGAGGGAUUCAGUGCUGUUCACCCUUCCUGCAGAUAAAAAAGACAGCUUGUGGACAAGCUCACAAACCCUCUCACCUACCCAAAAUUUGGGAGUGAGGAAGUGGAGUCUGUCUAGUGUGCUGUACUCUGCAAGCUCUCAGCUUUAAAGAUAACCCCUGGGGCAGGACGGUGCUAUAUUAGAUCUGGGGCUGUGAGCCAGCCAAACUCUGCUGCCACUUGAUGACUCACUCACUAACUGCACUUUUAAAUCUAACUGGUGUUUUCAGACACAACCAGCUAUUAUUUUGGGCACAGUCAAUUAUAAAAUGUGCUCUUUUUCUAUUUACCAAAUGAAUAGAAAUGCAUUCUUAGAAGAUCUCCUAAAGAAAAAGAUGCCUCAGAUAGAUACCUUUAAAAAUUCCUGCUGGCAGUGCUGGGUGGCAGGUUUAGAUUUUGCUCAUUAAAAGAGGUAGUGUGAUAUUACUGUAAUCAAAGGCUCUUUCAUGGUUCUGGGGCAAGUGGGGCUUAAUAACCCUUGAUUUUGGUUUUGUAUAGAAAAAUGUCAGGCCUGACAGGUAGCUUACAGUGGUGAUGAGUGUGACUUUUGACAUUUAACAAGAAUAGUUUAUUCCCAAUAAAUUUGUGUAAGUUGGUGCCUAUAGGUUUUUCUAUGCAAUAAAUGUAAUUGCAGUACACGGAUUGUGCGUAUGAAGAGGUUUCUGCUUACAGAGAUGUUUUAAUGCUAAAGAGAACUGUAUUUACAGUUUCCCAGUGGUUUCUGAGAGAUAGAAGCCAAACUUUUUGGGAGCAAGGGGAGCAGAACAAGUACUCUCAUGUGAUUAGAGUUUCUUUGUAGAAAUCUCUCUGGAUUCUGUGUCCAUGGGAAUCCCACAGUUGAGAUUGAGGUUCUUCUUGCUGCUGUUAGAGCACAUAUGGCAACAAACUGGCUGUCCCAUGGGUCACACCAGGCUUCCCAGGUUUUUAAGGAAUCAAGAGCUUUCUAAAACUUUGUAGCAAUAUGUAUCCAGCAUUUAAAGUGCUUUUUUAGGAACAGGACUCAAAGGACAGUUUUAAUGGCAGAAAAACAAAUAGGAGCAGUAGUUUCUCACCCCUGCUCAUUUUCAGAGCUGGAGAAGAGACGGUGCCCCUGUUUUUAACAAAACAGGACAAUAUCAUCAGCAGGUCAGUUUCCGAGUUUAGUCAUUUGCAGCCUCUAAUUUGGGAAAGAAAAAUAACUUUCUGGAACAGUAUGCUAGAAAGGUUGCUAAGUGUUCAUAGCCAUUGUGGCACUGGAGCAUGGCAAAGAAUGCAUUUGAAAGAUGAGAGGAAAAGGAAAGUCUCCUCAGCCAGUGCUGGAAAUAGGGAAAGAAUAAUUAGAUGGAGAAGAGUGAAAUGAUGCAAAUAGUUUCAUUUUCUUUGUGGAAUAACCUUAAAGCAAAGUGUCGGCAGAAAUUGUUUCUAUGACAAAAUCCCAGCUAGAUACCCCUAGAAUUCUAAAACCCACCAACUGGCGAAAUGAACGGAGAGACGCGUGCAGAUUAAUUAGGUUGAAAAAAUGUUUUGACAGCAUAAGCGAACAUAUGGAAAGAAUUGAGAGAACCUGAUCGAGUUCCCCAUGUGUAAAUGAUGCCUUAGCUGUAGCUCAUAAAGCAAAUACAGAUGCAAAAAAGAGGAAAAAAAGCCCUCUUUCCUAUCCCCUCCCCCCAGUAAACCCCAAUCCAUUGCCAGAUGGCAAAUAAAAGUUUGAACUCAAUGACUAAAUGCAAGGAAAGCUGUAUGUUCAGCAUGAAUGUGAAAAGAAAUCAGCUGAAUAAAUCUGAAUUUUGCACCUUGAAGGAAGUGGUGCAGUUAAACUAAAUAUUGUGUCAAGUACACAGCAGAGCGUCAGGAUAUCCUGUGCGGAUGCUUGUUCUUCAGCUUCUGCGUUUAUGCUCCCCUGUCCAAAUGACUCCUCCUGCUUUCUGUCCACCUCAUUUCUUUUGUUGUGCAAGUUAGUGUGGAAACACAUACCUGCCCUACCUGCCCUGCCUGCCCUGAAGCUUUUAUCACCUCAAGUGGAGGGUAAAAGGGCAUAUAAUGCAAGCAGAAGGCCAAAAAGAAGUCAAAGAAGCAAAUAACUCAUUCCAGGUUGUGCAGCAGAGCAGCACUCCCAGACUUAGUUCACUCCAUCAGUAGCAGCGAUGAAUAUGGAGAGGUCUGAUUUAGCUCAUGGCUGCAGGGCAGUGCCCUGCAUCAGGAUCUGCUGUAGGAAUCUGCUCUCUUGACUCCCAGGUGAGCUUAUUUUCUGUGAAACAGAGCUGCCUGUCAACAUAAUGUUUCCAAGCCUAAAAAGUGAGUUAAAUCAAUAUAUAGUCAUGUGGUUUAUAUGGACAAACCUUCUUAGUCUGUUGUGACAACGAUGCUCUGUGAUUUAAUGAAUUUAUUCCACCUUGCGGGGGUGAGAGACCAGUGAGGAGGCAGAGUGUGCCCCAGGUUGUAGAAACCAGCCUGGUGGGCAGGCUGGAUAGACCUCUGUGCUGCUGUGGUUGCUCCUUAUCCCUAUCUGUGUGAGCUGAAUUUAAAGCUAUCUUGGAUUGUCAUACACAGACGUUGUGAAGUGGACACAUGCUUCAUGAAUAAUCUGUCCAAGCCCAUGUCAGGGUAAGUGUGGCUGAACUGUGCCCCAGCUCUGGUGCAGACUGCUCAGGUGGUGCCCACAAACUGUUGAUUCAUGGCACCCAGUGCCAGCAAUCGGUGAAACUGAAACAGGAGCUAAACACUUGGGCUCUUUCCAUUGCCUGGGUAAGCUGAAACCCCUGCUAAGCUGUCAAGUUUGCAUCCAAGCAGCUUUGGCCAUGAAGAGGUGCCAGCAAUGGAGCCCUCACAAAGCAAACUGCUUAAUUAUUUGAUAGUCAAAGGCAACUCAGGGGAGUGCGGAGUCAAAUCAACAACAAACCAACCUAUAUUUAGUAGCAGUGUGGCUGGAGCUUAGACCCAAACAUAGUUUCCAGCUGAUAGAUGAUGUGGCAGUCAUAGCUGACCCUCAUCCCAUGCUAAAUUUGGUCUGCGGAAUAAGUAAUUAAUGCCAUCGCUAGCAUGACAAGCCACCAUUUACAACAGCUGCAUUGCCACUGCCGCUGUUCUUGUGGCUUUGUCUGUGGGCUGGCCAGCUUGGCUGAAGCACAAGCUCUGGGUGACCCUGAGCUAUGGUGGCCACAGUCUGACAGUCCAUGGAGCCACUGAAGCAGAGUAAAAGUAGGUUGACGUGGUACCUUGUCUUCAUCUACGCUUGUCUCUACUGUUAUGUGAUCUCUUUUCCAUUUGUUCGUCUCUGAUACUGAGGAGUGAACACCGUGCUCCUGUGGUACAAGGCAGAUUGAGUGAUAUGUUAAUGAGAGAAGAUGGGCUGCAGUAGGACUGAGAGCUCCCUGUACCAUCCACAGAACAAACUUAGGGACAAACCUGGAGUUUACAGACUCCGUAGACAGGCCAGACCAAACCUGGGGGAAAGCAAUGGGCACAGCCUAUUUCAGAGAGAGGUAACUGAAAAUCAAAGGAGUAAAUUAUGUGUCCCAAAUAGCUCAGGGAAUCUGUUGCAAAUGUUGUGGAUCCUGAUUCAGAGCCUGAACCAGGAACCUACCUUGUUUCAGUAUUGAGAAUCCAUCCAGUUGGCCUCUGGCAGCUGAAGUUGAGUGGUUUAGGGGUAGAAUAAUGUUGGACUUCUUCUAAGCUACCUAUCUGAUUUCCCUUCACCACAGUAACAGUCUUUAAUAAACAAACACGUAAAAUAUUCCACUUAGAUGUGCCAGGACUGAUAUCUAACGCAUGGAUAGUGAGGUUUGCAAGGCCAGUGACUUUUCCUCGAAGACAGACUUGAACUGAAGUCCUGAGCUGGUGUCCUGCUCACUGGACCCCUGUCCUUCUGUCUUCUCCCUCCUUCUCUGUGGUCUCACAGACAGGCAGAAACACUCACUCUCUUUGAGGUUUGAUACGAACACAGAAAUCGAUGUUGGAACAGAGCAAAAGGAAAAUACAAGCUUGUGUGAAAUUUUCCACCUUUUCACUAAAUGAAUGAAAGCCAAAUUUUCACACUUUGGUCUUAGGUGUGAAAUUUUUGCUCAGCUCUCAUAUUUAUCCAUAAUGUGUUUUAAAACUUGGCUUGCUCCAUUGAGAAUACCAGAGAGAAUUGAGUUACAGAUUUUGGGCUUUGUGCAUGCUGCCAAGAUCUGCCCCUAUAACUCAAAUAAAUGUAAGGGGAGAAAACAAAAACACUAGAAAAAUACUGUAUAUGGUCCAUCACAUGCUUUCUUUAUGCAGUCAUAUACCACUAAAAAGUAAUGUUCUGCUAGGGCUCCGUUACAUAAAUGCAUCCAUGUAACUCCUGUAAGCAUAGAUAAGAUUAAUUUUUCAACUCCAGGCUAUCAAGUAAGCAAUCCCUAAAUAAUAACCUAUAAGAGAACAGCAGCCUUGCUUGCAAUUCUUAGAAAUUUUAAAAGUAUUUCUCCAACAUCAGCAUGUCAAGAAAUCUAUAUCUGAAUAUAUCUGUGACUGGACUUCUUAAAUGAUGUUAGUUAGCAUCUGUUAGUCUCAGGUUAUGUGUGUGGAAUAGCGAUGAGUGAGAGAGAGGUUCUUCACUCUUGAAGAACAGUAAAAAAUAUUACAUAUAACAUUAUUUACUUGAUUUGUUAUGAGAACCUAGAAGUGUAAAGGAAGUCAGCCUGUUAGUUCGAAGAUACUUACACCUUCUGAAUUCUGCAAAUCAGAACAAAUCUGGUGGGGAAGGAUGUUCCUACGUGUCAGUUUGUUGUGAAUAGGGUAACUUUUAAAUUAUUUUCCUGUGAUGCUGGAUCUGGGACAGCAGAGCUGUGCAAAAACACCAGUCAAGUCUGGCCUGAGUGGGAGUCUGCGUGAUGUUUUCAGGGUAACAAACUCAAAAUUUGUGUUUCAAAGCCCUGUAUGGUUCAGAAACUGAGACUCAAUUUCUCUGCACACACUCAUGUCAUUCUCAGGAAUAUGAGAAGCACAUUUGUUGGUAUGGAUUUCUCAUGACGUUUGGCUGUAAGCGUCGCAGCAUUUGAUCACUUGGGGCUUGUAUUGCCACAAUAAAAAUGAAUGUUAUUUCCUACCUUUGCAUAAGUACUAAGAUGAGGUGAAUUAACAGCUUCAUCUUGGGAAGAGUAGUAAGCCAUGCAUCUCAUUCCAGCUUGUUCUGAGAUUCCUGAAUUAGUCACGUUAUAACUUAGAGCUCCAAACUGGUUUACAACAGGGUUAUUUUUCAUCAUUCCCAUCACUCAUAGGCCAUUCAUGGUGCAACAGAACCAUGGCUGUCACUGGACAAGCCAUAAAGCAGCAGCAUUCUCAGAGAAUACUUACUUAAUUUGUAUUUGAGUGCCUCUCUUGGUUUUCAUGUUGUCUGCAGAUCCUCCCUGCCAGCGGCUGGCACAGUGUUGCUGUAGCUGGACCAUGGUAUGGCCACAAGAUUUGGGGAGCUUUGCCGUCUGCUUUUGUGUGUGCAGCCCAAAUGCUUUCAGCCACUGGAACUGGACAGUGAAACUUUAGGUGAUAUGUGGUUGUUUUCACUGUUCAUGCUGGGUAAAAGUCCAAAGCUGUCUUGGAAUUCUUGAUAUAAAUGGGGAAAACACAGCUGGGAAAUUGUGUUUUGCCUUAAUGCCUCAUCCAUUUAACUUUAGAUACAAUUUUUAAAGUACCUAAAUAAAGCAAAAUCGUGAAUUCUUAAGGGGACUGAUCCUCCCAGCUCAUUAAUUUCAAUGGGAUUUAGUUAAUUGACUUCCUUACCUGAGGCUAAUGUCCCUAUAUUGGAUUUCUCAUUCGAUGUAUACUUUUAGGGGCCUGCAUUCCAUUAAUUUCCAGUAACAUUCAGUCACAUCAGUCCUUGAGUGACUGCUGAAAAUCAGACUCAGGGACUGUUCCCGAGUGGUGUGAUCUUCCAUGGCUCCCUCUGUGGUCCUGAGGAUGAUAAGCAGGAUCCUGCUGGGAUGCCAGGAGCUGGGAUUUCCCUGGCUUUCCCAGGGUUUUCCCAGUUUUUUUCAGGGUUCCUGGGAGAUCUGCUACCUGUUGAGGCCCCCCGAUAUCUUAAAUUCAUCUGCUGCCCUGGAUGAUGCUGAAGAGCAGCAUUCAGCCACCAGUACCAAAUGAAUUGGAACGAGGACUGACCUUCCCAGCUGGGUCACCCUUCCAGCAAAUGGCAGCUCGUUCUGAAAUACUAGUUGGCCCUGGAGAAUUUGGUUCCCUGGGCCUGUGAUCCUUCUGUCCCGGGCAGGGUAACCCUGUUUGACCAACUCUCUCCAUGGUCAGCAGAGUGUUUACUGGCUUGUAUCUGUCUCAGCUUUGACACUCUAACAAAAGGUUAGAAAUUAUGAAUGCAUCCCUUUAUUUCUGCUCCACAGUGCCUCUCUUUUUUUCUGUGUAAACCCUUCACUUGCCUCUUGCCCAGCCUUUAGAAAUGAUGAUCAAAUGUGAACUUUUGGGGUUUAUUUAUAGCAUAGCCUUUAUGGAUAGAGAGAAAAGAAAUGAUUAAAAAGCAAUUUUACAAAAUAUUUUGUUUUAAGAGAGAAUUCAUUGUGUUUAAUUCACUGUAUUCAUUGUAUGUCUAGACUGGCAAAGAAGAUAGAGCGUCAUUCAAGUUAAGAUUGUGAAAUUCUUGGUGACUGGAAUUAUGGAUUUGGAUGUCAACCCUCAAACAAACUAUUUCUGAACAGCAGUAUUAUCACUUUACUAUAUUUAAGGCUUUGUUGCAGACAGAACAGUGCACAAGGUUGAUCUGAUUCAGUAAUGCGAUUCUAAUGUUCCUUUGUUUCUGAUUUCAUUAUAAAUUCGUAUUUUCAAUGUUCUGUUCCCUUUUGUCCCCAGAAAAUUGUUGAAAAGACUCUCCUCUGGGAGUAAAGUUUUUGUUCAAACUAACAAUGACCAAACUGACUUUAAAAAACAAAAAAACACACAACCAAAAUGCAAAUUAAGAGAGGGAAAUAAUUUAGGAUAUUUUUAACAACGCAGAAUGAGUGAGUUGUUGAAGAUUGCUGGCAACAACAUGUUAUUCCACAUGACCGCGGUAAUUGCUGUGAGACCUUAAUGCUGUGGAUUCUCAAAGAACUGUGUAUUUCCAGUAGAUUUAAAAAUAUAAAAGUAUUUACCUGAUAAACUGGAAAGUUUGCUUGGGCAUCUUCCUCCUUAGCUAAAUGUGUAUAGAUAGGUGAACCAGCAAAAGAUAAGCAGCAGCUAAGCCCUGUUCCCUAGUUUAGGUCAGGCUUUGAGGGAGUAGUUUUCUUUAGGAACCUGUCCUGCUGCUGGCCCCAUCGUAGAUUCUUUUAGGUUGCAAAAGACCCUUCAGAUCAUCAAGUCCAACCAUCACUUCAGAGCAGCAGCUCGCUGGCUGCCCACAGAGGAUGGGGUCUCUGUGCUGGGGGUUUCAGGUCUGGGAACACUUUACAGGGAGCUCAGGAGGUUUUCAUCAGCCCUGUGGAGACUUGGCUGGUGGAGUCGGCAUUGGUGUCUCUUCUGUCUUGAACCAGCAUGAAGAGACCUGGAGUUAGAUGAGUAACAGCAUAAAAAUAAAGCCUGAAGAUAUGUUUAUCUGAAAAGGCUGGCUUAUUUCCCAAAGAAGCAGUGAUGCAUUUUUCAGCACUGGAAGUUGUAAGAGGCCCCAGAACAAAGCAGAACAAAGCUGUGUAGAGUCUCUAUGGCGGAAGCAGAAUGUGUCCUGGGAACAUCACUGUCUGUGGCUGUUCUCUUAACACUGCCCAGAACAGGGCAGCAGCAGACAGGCCCUGUGUGUGUGCACAGAGGGGGUGAGUAGCAAAGUUUGGCCCUCCCUUUCAUUUAUGUGACACCUGAGAAAAAAGUGGAUUUGUCUUAGUUUGGGUUUAUUUUUGUGUGCCAUCUCCAGGGCAACUCAAAAAGAGACGUAAAGCAGCGAGCAGAGAGCAAGGUGACUCUUCCCAUUAGUAAGAAUGCUUUAGGGACUUGGCCUUUGCCUUAUGUUUUCUGUAAAACAUAACUAUCUGUAAAAGCAGUAUUAAUGUAAUAGAGGGAAUUGUCUUUUACUUUGAGGUUUUAUUUUCUGUGCGCUCAUUCUUUUUUGGGGUAGCCUCUAAAUACAGCUGGCCAUGUAAGGGAGCAGUAAAAGACAGGCUGUUGUAAACAGGAGCAAUGCUUGAGCUAGUAUCACCUGUUAAAGAACAGGGAAUAAAUGCCCAUUUCUCUUACUGGGAAAUACACCAACCUUUCCAUGCCAGUAUUUUGAUCUGGCUGGUGUGCAGAGACUCUGUGCCAGCAGGCUCAUGUGUCCCAGAGGAAAGAACACACUAUCUCACUGGAAGUGUUAUUUCAAGGGUGUUUCUUGGGAAAUCAAAGUCUGAUCAACUUCUGCACAUAUGAAAUAGUGUGAGUGAAUGAGUGCACAGAACUACUCCCUGCUGUUUCAUCAGAAGCCCUAGCAGAGUAAAAUCCUGACUGCGCCAUCACUCGCUGUGCUUUUUACUUCAGUAGAGCUAUGUUUUUAUCCGGUAUUAACCCCCUGAAGUUGACAAAUGUAGAAGGUAGGUGUUCCACGUUCUAGUAGUGUAUUUGGACCAGCAUUAUAAAAGGACACGUUGAUGCUGAAUGAUGAAGCACACAUGUCCAGAACAUGCCAGGUAAUACUGCAGGUUUAGCCUGGCAGGCAAAGCUGGGGCUGCCAGUGGCGCUGGCACACGAGUGGCAUCCUGGGCACCUUGUGGCUGGCUGAGCAAACACUGCUGUGCACAGGAGGAGUAUCUGCUAGCUUCAGGGGCAGCCCACUUACCUCCUGGCAUUUAGGUCAUGAUCAGGUUUCUUAACACAGGGAAAAUGGAAAACUAGGUACAGUCUGCCAGUCAUCUUGCUUAUCCUCAGAGCCUCCCUGCCUGUCCUGGGCCAGUGAGACUGUGCUUACAUUCCUCACGUACAUUGUAAAGUUCUAGUAGAUCCUCAGCUGUAAAAUGCUGGAUUAGUGGGAAGCAAAGAUUUUACUGCAGCAGAUAUUACAGCCUCUUAAAUCAUCCAACCCUUUUAAGAAUUCAGCCAUAGCAGUUGACUAGAUGGCUUCCAGCAGCAACACAGGCUGAGUGUUCUCCAGGGGUCAUCCCAAUAUUCUCAAAGUGUUGUGCUUUAGGCACUAACAUUAAAACAGAUUUAGGGUCUUGCCUAGAAACUAUGAACAGAUUUAGUCAGACACCAAUUCCUGCAUCCUGAUCUUUUAUGUUUGACACUGUUCCAUCUGAAAGCUAUUGCUUUAAUGCUCCUCGUGAAAUACCUUCCACUGAAAACAGCCUAUGCCUGCUGCCUCCACCCUUGCCUGAGAGCUUGACUCUCUGUUAACAUUGGUGAUUAGUGUCUUGUUCCAGCAGGAUUGCUGAGGAGAUUCCACAGAAAAUCAGAAUCUCACAGAGCUCAGAAAAGGAAUCAAAUUAUUUGGUUCUCUCCUUUCCACAUGAGACUGUCCCAGAGACUCCUUUUGCAGGGGAUUCUGCAAGAUCCCUUCGUCUGACUUGGCUUUGGCCAAAAGCGGUGCAGGAUCAAAGUCUAUCUCUGACACCUUUGUACUGGAAUGGGAGGGCAGCUGUGGGCUCUGUAACAGGACUUUGCAAGUUACACUUUGCUUCUGGAGCGCGCUCGAGUCCUCCCUUGCUGCAGGGAAUUGAUACUUUAU